UUAAAAGCAGAAGUGACAAUAAAAUCAAUCAAUUCAACUCCAGGAAGGAAGGAAACAAAAAAAGUCAGAAAUGUAGUCUUUUAGAGGGCGGGGCCUUGACCUUUGUUUUCAAAAUAAUGUUGGCUUAAAGUCCAGCGCGCGUGCUCCCGGAACGUUGCGCAUUUCCGUCCCUAUGACGUCACUUCUGGAUGUCAAUAUGCGGCUCGGUGCGGCGCUCGGGAGCGGGGGCUCUGGAAGCAUGUAAACCAGCUCCCCGGCACAGACCGCAUCCUCCGUACUCACCGCAGCUCGCGUCCCGGGACGCCGUGCCUCCGUGCCGAUAGCAGCAGCCCUGCUCAGCAGCGGCUCGCGGGGUUGUUAUCCCUGAAGCGACGAAGCAACUGCCUCGAGCAGCCAUUUUUUUCCGAGAGAAUGCACGGAGCGCCGCGGUGGGCCUGCUGCUCGGGCAGCUGGCUGAUGCUCUCCACCGGGAUCCUGCUCUCAGCCGCCGUGCUGUUCUUCGGGCUGCCGGGCUCCGCCGAGGCGAAGGAAUGCGACAAACCCUGCAUGAACGGACAGUGCAACGCCGCGACGGGCAGCUGUGCGUGCCUCCCCGGCUGGGUUGGGGACCAAUGCCAGCACUGCGGAGGGCGCUUCAGGCUGACGGGACUCUCUGGGUAUUUGACUGAUGGUCCUGGAAACUAUAAGUACAAGACAAAGUGCACCUGGCUGAUAGAGGGGCAACCCAACACCAUUCUGCGAUUGCGGUUUAACCAUUUUGCCACUGAAUGCAGCUGGGACCACCUCUAUGUGUACGACGGGGACUCCAUUUAUGCCCCUCUACUUGCUGCUUUCAGUGGUCUGAUUGUUCCUGAACGAUACGGCAAUGAGACGGUUCCUGAGGUGGUGUCCCAGUCGGGCUUCGCUCUGCUGCACUUCUUCAGCGAUGCUGCCUACAACCUGACCGGCUUCAACAUUUCCUACAGGGUCAACGCUUGUCCCAACAACUGUUCGGGGCGUGGAGAGUGUCGCCUUGGGAACUCGACGGCGUCAGUUUACUGCGAGUGCGAAGCCAACUGGAAGGGGGACGCCUGCGACGUUCCGUACUGCCAAGACAGCUGUGGCUACCCGGACAGAGGCCACUGCCAGGGCCAGGCCUGUGUUUGCGAGGCGGGAUGGCAAGGUCCUGAAUGCUCCGUUCCUCUUCCUGCCAAUUCCUCCUUCUGGAACCGGGUGGACUACCCUGAAGGCGGCCUGGCCAGGGCUUCCCACAAGGCCGUGGUGGAGCAGGGCCUCAUGUGGGUUAUCGGAGGCUACGUCUUCAACGCCUCCGACUAUCAAAUGGUCAAAGCGUAUAACCUCAGCAGCAGGACGUGGCUGACCCUCGACCCCUCUGUCAACACCGUUACGCCCCGAUAUGGCCACUCGCUGGCGUUGCACGAGGGAAAAAUCUACAUGUAUGGAGGAAAGAUUGACUCCACAGGGAAUGUGUCCAGCCAGCUCUGGGUCUUUCACGUCCAGAACCAAACCUGGGUCCUGCUUAAUCCUCAAGCCAAAGAGCAGUACGCUGUGGUUGGACACUCUGCCCAUAUCGUGCCCCCCGCCCAGGAAGGGGGCAGUCACGUCAUGCUGGUUCUGUUCGGACACUGUCCUGUGUAUGGUUACAUCAGCCAUGUGCAGGAGUAUGACAUCAACAGGAACUCGUGGAGCCUUGUGACCACAGAGGGCGCUCUGGUCCAAGGCGGUUAUGGCCACAGCAGCGUGUUUGACCCCAGCACCAGAGCCAUCUACAUCCAUGGAGGCUACAAGGCCUUCAGUGCCACUAAGUACGGUCUGGCAGGAGACUUGUACAAGCUCGACGUGGACAAAAAGAAAUGGACCAUCCUGAGAGACAGCGGCUUCUUCCGCUAUCUUCACACGGCAGUGAUCGUUAGCGGGACCAUGCUGGUGUUUGGAGGAAACACGCAUAACGACACAUCCAUGAGCCACGGCGCCAAGUGCUUCUCAUCGGACUUCCUGGCCUACAGUUUAGCUUGUGAUGAGUGGGCCGUUUUGCCUCGACCGGACCUCUACCAUGACGUCAACCGCUUCGGACACUCUGCAGUGUUUACUGAUGGAGUCAUGUACGUGUUUGGAGGCUUUAACAGCCUCCUCCUCAAUGACGUUCUGAUGUACACCUCACCCAGCUGUUCCGCCUUCUCCAGCGCCGUGACCUGCGCCCAGGCCGGGCCUGGGAUCCACUGCGUCUGGAACGACCCCCAGAAGGCCUGCCUGCCUUGGGAGGGCAGCCCUGCCGGUCCCAGUCAGCAACAGCUGCCGUCAUUCUGCAACAUCAAGUCCUAUGCUGAUAACGAGCGCUGUGAUCAAUACACUGACUGCUACAGCUGCACCGCCAACACCAACGUCUGCCAGUGGUGCUCCGGCAAGUGCCUCUCCAUGGGGAGCAACUGCACUUCUGCCACGGGCUCCAUAGUAGAAUAUGACGUCUGCCCCAAGGACAGUCCCUUAUAUGUGUGCCAGAAGAAAACCAGCUGCAAGAGCUGUUCCGUCGACCAAAACUGUCAGUGGGAUAUUCGCAACCAGAACUGUGUGCAGCUGCCAGUUCUUUCUCUUCCAGAAAAUGUGUGUGGAGAAAACUGGCACCUGGUCGGCAACUCCUGUCUGAAGUUUAUCACAGCGAAGGACACGUAUGACAACGCCAAACUGGCGUGCAGGAGCCACAACGCCCUGCUGGCUUCGCUCACCACACAGAAGAAGGUGGACUUUGUGUUGAAGGAGCUGCAGAGCAUGAGCCUGGUGUACACGCCGUGGGUGGGACUGAGGAAAAUCAACGUGUCCUAUUGGUGCUGGGAGGACAUGUCGCCCUUCACCAACACCAUCUUGCAGUGGCUGCCUGGCGAGCCGAGCGAUGCGGGAUUCUGCGGGUACCUGGCAGAGCCAGCACCCAGCGGGCUGAAGGCGCAGACCUGCAUCAACCCCGUGAACGGCAGCUUGUGUGAACGGCCAGCCAACCACAGUGCCAAACAGUGCCGGACCCCGUGUGCCAUGAGAAGCACCUGCAGCGAGUGCACCAGCAGCAGCUCCGAGUGCAUGUGGUGCAGCAACAUGAAGCAGUGCGUCGACUCCAACGCCUAUGUGGCCUCCUUCCCCUUCGGCCAGUGUAUGGAGUGGUACACGCUGAGCACUUGUCCACCGGAAAACUGUUCGGGGUACAGAACAUGUGGGCAGUGUUUGGACCAGCCGGGCUGCGGCUGGUGCACCGACCCCAGCAACACAGGCAAAGGCCAGUGCAUCGAAGGUUCUUACCGCGGGCCCUUCCAGACCGCCGUCCCGGCCCCCUCCACCCAGCCAGGCCUACCCGCCAGCCCCCAUCCAGCUCUCAACUCCAGCAUGUGUCCGAGCGAGGCCAAAUACGACUGGUCCUUCAUCCACUGUCCAGCGUGUCAGUGUAAUGGCCACAGUCAGUGCGUCAACGAGAGCGUCUGUGAGAAGUGCGAGGACCUGACCACCGGCCGACAGUGCGAGAGCUGCGUCUCUGGAUACUACGGAGACCCAACCAACGGCGGCAGCUGCCAGCCCUGCAAGUGUAAUGGCCACGCCAGCAUGUGCAACCCCAACAAUGGCAAAUGUUUCUGCACCACCAAGGGUAUCAAAGGAGACCGAUGCCACCUGUGUGAAGUGGAGAGUCGUUACCAAGGCAACCCCCUCAAAGGGACCUGCUACUACACGCUCCUCAUCGACUACCAGUUCACCUUCAGCCUGUCGCAGGAGGAUGACCGCUACUACACAGCCAUUAACUUUGUGGCCACACCUGAAGAGGCAAACCGGGAUCUAGACAUGUUCAUCAAUGCCUCCAAGAACUUCAACCUGAACAUCACCUGGGCAACGAGCUUUACUGGCACGCAGGCCGGAGAGGAGAUUCCCAUCGUGUCGCGGAGCAACAUCAAGGAGUUCAAAGACAGCUUCUCCAACGAGAACUUUGACUUCCGCAACAACCCAAACAUCACCUUCUUCGUUUAUGUCAGCAACUUCACCUGGCCCAUCAAGAUCCAGAUUGCCUUCUCCCAGCACAGUAACUUCAUGGAUCUGGUGCAGUUCUUUGUCACAUUCUUCAGCUGCUUCCUGUCUCUGCUGCUGGUGGCCGCUGUGGUUUGGAAGAUCAAGCAGAGCUGCUGGGCCUCACGACGCCGAGAGCAACUGUUGAGGGAGAUGCAGCAGAUGGCCAGCCGGCCUUUUGCCACCAUCAAUGUGGCUUUAGAGACGGACGAAGAGCCGCCUGACCUGAUCGGAGGAAACGUCAAGUCUGUCCCAAAACCCAUUGCCCUUGAGCCAUGCUUUGGCAACAAAGCGGCGGUGCUCUCCAUCUUCGUUCGGUUACCCAGAGGCUCGGGGGGCAUCCCUCCUCCAGGACAGUCUGGUCUGGCGGUGGCCAGCGCCCUGGUGGACGUCUCUCAGCAGAUGUGCGUCAACUUCAAGGAGAAGCCUGGAGGUCUGAGGAGCCGCAAGCAGCAGCCGGCUGCUCAGCCGUCCACCUGCAUCUGAGCAGUGCCUCCCGACACCCCAACACCCGAAGCUCUGUCACCCCUCUCCCCUUGGCCCCCUCCUUUAAAGACUUCUGCCUGCCUAAUGCCGGCAGGGAGAGGUGCAUGCUGGGAUGUAGGACUGGAAAAUUCAUGUAGUGGACUGAAUCCUCAGCAAACUUUCUCUCCUCGCACUGCGGCUUGAGGGGGGGGCACUCAAAUUGAUGUGGAAAGAGGAGGAAGAGGAAGGGGGAGGAAACAGGAGGAGCUGCCUCCUUCCUUCCACCUUGAACAUGUUUUACAUUUGUCGGCGCCGCCUCGUUGGAGCCGAGGCGGCCGCGGCUCGCUGCUAGAGAGAUCCACGAGACUCUGCAACCUCCUAUUUAAGUUAUUGUGGUUCGUUUUGUAUUUGAAGGACGGAGCAAACUGGACGCGCUCAGCUGCACACACUUCCAGAAGGAAACCUUCCAGGCUCCUGUAUCCAUUUGUAGCCCGCUUCCACCUGCUGUCAUGUUCACGGCUCACUGCAGAGGAAUGCUGGGAAGUCGGGUCUGGGAGCGCUGUUAAAGUUUACCCCUCCAGCCGUCGUCUCCCACCUCUGCCAGGCUGCUCAGCCCCCUAACCCCCCAGCCUUUGUGAGGCUGCAGCGGAGCACAAAGCAUCCGGGUUUCCUGCGUGCAGGUUUCCACACACAGUGAGUGACUGGGCUGGCUCUGGGAGGCAUCCCUGGGUUUUUGACGCCUAGAUUGUUCAGGUCUCCGUUCCGAGUUCCGGUUCAGGAAUCCAUCACUACUGAUCCCACUUCCUCUCAUGAAGUAUCGCUGGGAAUCUGAUCCUCCUGCUCCCUCCCUCCCCCUCCUCGGCUCCGUGCAGCCGGACGCUCAUCCCGUUUGCGCAGACUUAGCCAUGCAGUCACAGCAGAGCUGCAGCAUUUAAAGGCCGACCCGUCAAUAUCAGAGGUCGACGGCGAGGAGCCGCAAUCAGACCUUCAUCGACUGUUUGCUUUGCAGCACUGAGGAGGGGCUUUAAAAGCACCUACACCGGGGCAAUUGAGGAGUCCCGUUUGUGGUUAAAUGGGACUCCUCAAUUGGUGGCAUUUGAUGGAAAACUUCACAGAUGGCCUUUUUUUUGAGCCGUCUUUGUUGUCGUCCAGCUUUUCCGUGCUUUUGUGAGCUCUUCUUCCCCCUUUUCAUGUCUGCAUGCUCUCUCCAGCUGAAAUCACGGCUCCGCUUUUCCAUUUUUCUGUCAUCGAUGGAAAAAAACCCAACAAAAGCCAACACAAAGACGCCGCUCUGAGAUGUGGGUAAUUAUCAGUGAGGCAGAUCUCUUUUCUUCCUCAGAGGGAACUCACGCGAGUCCACAUUUCCCUCCUGCUGGGCCUUCGCUGAAGAUGGUCGCCGCUGCUCCUCCCUCAGGAGGAAGACUCGGCCUUCUGCCCCGACCGAAGAGUCGUUGGGUUUCACCUGUGAGGUCUAAAAGUGCUCCCCGUCUGGGUAGAGGGGGCGUUUCAGAGCAGGGAAAGGUCAGAGCUGAGGCUUGAGCAGCGCUGACAUUCAGUAAUUAUAGAGCUGCAUGCGUUCACAGCUUGACUCAACAGACGUCACGCCAUUAAGAAGUACUUUCCCAUCACAGCGAAGCACUUAGUUUUAGCACAAAGUGUGUUUGGAUUCUGAUUUUAAGGCUUUGAAACAAGAAAGUGGUAACUUUUCUUGGACUUGUGCUCAGUUUUCCUAGAAAAGAUUUUUCAUUUAUCUGAUUUCUCUUUUGAAAACUGAGCCUCCUGCAUAUUUCCUCUCAUUUUCUUUUUAAUUCUUUUAUGGUUUGGGCUCUGCCGCUGAGGUGAGCAGCAGCUUUUACUUUCCUCUCACUUGGGCAGGUGCCCGUAUAGAAACGGUAAAAGCCUCUCCGCCUGGCUGGAUUUCAUCUCCGUGAAGCAACCCAGUCUGCUCACGUUUCGUCUUCAGAACCUCCCGACCUAAAUCUGGAGAUGACGAAGCUCUUUUCCAGUUUUUAUUUAUGAAUUGUGAAACACUGUGUGCUUGUGACAGCAGUCCUAGCAGAACCACCUGGGAUCGUGUCCUAGAACCCAAACAGAGAGUAGAGGUCUCUUGUUGUGAGACCUUGUCGGUUCUGUGAUUUGGAUCUCUAAAAUGAAUGUAUGGAUCGGUCCCAGCAGUCCGGUUCGGCAGGUGUGGACCGGUCCUGGCUGCGAUGAUGUCCAGUUUGUGCUGCUGAUGGCCCCCUUUUCAGGUCGUUCCACUGCUCCGCCCCCCACGCCGGCGCUUUUCCCCUCAGGACGCAAUGGGCAGACUGUGAUGGAGAGUCCAGUCGCACCUGUUAGGGACGGGUUCACACCUGGAUGGCAGACGAGGUCAAAUGAAGUCAAGACGCUGAUGUCAUGACCUCAUCCAUGCUGAACCUAACACUGCUGGUGGUUCCGAAGGAGGUUCUGUGGGACGCCUGGGUUCCAGAACCGUCAAUCCAAUGAACCUGCUGAAGCUCUUUCAUUUAUCGGCACAUUGCUGUGGUCUUUAUUUCUGCUCCUUUACUGGUGAAAUCAUCAACAGCAAACUCCUGUGAUGCUCUGCAGACACUUUUGAACCCAAACUGAACCUUUUCUGCAACGGAGGCUGAAGCUUUUCUUCCCCCGUUUUUGAGAACCAGCUCUGAAAAAAGGAAAGGAGAGUUCUUUUUGUAAACCUACUUUUAUAACAAAAUUCUUUCAUUUGAAAAACACAUCACUGUUACCCUCUGUUUGGAGUCAAAAGAACAUUUUUGGAUCCUGCUCCUUAGUUCCAAUUAUUAGCCACAGGUUGGGUUUUGGUAUCCAUAAAUGAGAAAAUUCCAAACUAAGAGCACAAAACAAACCCAGGACUCUUCAAAGUCUGAUCCUUCGACCGGAUCUCCUCGCUCCGAUGCAUUAAGUCCAGCCCGUCUUGUCUCCAAACCUGAACUUUGCUGUCCUCCUGUUGCACCAGCGGACUCCAGGGUCCCAGAGUUCAGAUUUUCCGGAUGGUUGCCGCCUGCCGCCGUUUGGAGUGUGAAGUGGCCCUGAGCGGCACAAAAUAUUGACCGGAGUGGACGCCUGCGCAGGGAAAGGCUGACGCUCUGUCAGCUCCCUGAAACGUCUCAAUCUGCUUUCCAAGCCUGGAGCUUCGCUGCAUUCGACUUUCCAUCGGCCUUACUUCAGCUGUUAACUGCUAGAACCAUGCAUAUUUAUAAUUGUGAUGAGUUUCUUGGAACGUCUCUAAGUUUCCCCGUUCAUGUAGAUGGUUUUGUCUGCAUUUGUGCGUAUUUGAAAAGGCUUCAGAAUAAGGUCACUGCGUUUUCUGCUUCCUUCUUUGUAUAACGGCAUUAUAUAUAUAUAUAUAAAUAUAUAUGAAUAUAUAUAUAGUGAGGAAGUAGAGUGCUCAUUUGUAUAAUUUAGCAGUUGCUGCUCUUUGUUUUGUAAAAAAUGGAAAGUAUUGUGAAUGACUUUUGAAUGGUUUUAAAAAUUGUUUCUUGCAAACCUCUAGACUUUUAAAAAUGUGAAAAACGACAUUAAAUGAAUUUUGUAUGUAUGAAGGCAGAACAAGAAUUCCUGCAGGCUGAAGAACACUACAUGUAAAACUUGACCAUAGAGGCUUACUGACCUUGUAAUUACUGAUGUAAAUUAAAAAAAAGUUCAGAGCAUUUUGUCUAUUAUUAAAAGUGAAAAUGCAGA